AUGACACUCUUCACAACAAUCACACCCUUAAACAACCACACUUCUCCAAUGCUACAUCACCACCACCACCACGGUUCUCUCACAACCGCCACAAAAACAACAAGACCAAUGUGCAUAACCCUCAUUCAACAGACAGCAACCAGGAAACAUUCAUACUCAUCACAUGAUGAAACUCUCAGGAAGAUGGAGAGAAUGAUGAACUUGCCAUCACCACCAUUAUCAUCAUCAUCGGAGAAAGUUGGUAAGAGAUGGAAGGAAUACCAAGGAAUAAGAAACUGGGACGGUUUAUUAGAUCCAUUGGACGAUAACCUACGUGCUGAAAUCCUACGGUACGGUCACUUCGUUGAAGCUGCAUACAAAUCCUUCGAGUUCGAUCCUUCUUCGCCAAACUAUGCCAAUUGCAGGUUCCCAAAGACCACACUUUUCGAACGUUGCGGUUUACCCAACACUGGUUACAAGGUGACCAAACACCUCCGUGCAACUUCGGGUAUUCAGUUACCGAAUUGGAUCGACAAAGCACCCAGUUGGUUCGGAACACAAUCGAGCUACGUUGGUUAUGUUGCUGUUUGCGACAACAAAGAAGAGAUCAAAAGGCUUGGAAGAAGAGACGUUGUUAUCGCUUUUAGAGGAACAACAACGUGCUUGGAAUGGCUCGAGAAUUUGCGCGCCAAUCUAACGCUUUUACCAUGCAACAUGAUCAAAGAAAAACAUGAACAAAAUGUGGCUAAUAACAAUGGAAAUACUGGACCAAUGGUGGAAAGUGGGUUCUUGAGCCUCUACACAAGCAGCGUUAACUCAUCGCUCAUGAGCUUGCAAGAGAUGGUUAGAGAAGAGAUUGGAAGGAUUCUCCAAAUUUACGACGGAGAACCGUUGAGUUUGACCGUCACUGGACACAGUUUAGGAGCCGCUCUUGCAACGCUCGCAGCUUACGAUGCGAGAGCUGCAUUUCCCAAACUAUGUUCGACGACGGUUAUCUCAUUCGGCGGCCCUCGCGUCGGAAAUCGGAGUUUUCGAACAUCCCUUGACAAACAAGGAACAAAAGUAUUGAGAAUAGUGAACUGUGACGAUGUUAUAACUAAAGUUCCUGGGUUUGUUUUCGAUGACGUGAAAAAUUCAGGUGGUGAUGUGGCAAAUAAUGGUGGGUUCCACGUGGCAGGGUUGCCAAGCUGGAUACAAAAAAGAGCAGAGGAGGCACCGUGGAUGUAUUCUGAAGUUGGAGAAGAACUAAGACUUAGUAGUAGAGAUUCUCCGUACUUAAAGGGUGUUAAUGUUGCCACGUGUCAUGAUUUGAAUACAUACCUUCAUCUUGUUGAUGGCUUUGUGAGCUCCACUUGUCCCUUUAGAUCCACCGCAAAGAGGUUCCUUCAGCAGCGAUGA